CAGGGGGAGCGCACACCCAGCCGCCCGCGCACCCGCGCGCACGGACCCGCGCGGGGACGGCGGGGGAGCCGCCGGUGUCCAGGGACGCGAUGCCGCUGGUGGGGAGGUGCCUGCUGGCCGCGCUGGUCUCCUCCCUGCUGCUGUGCCCGGCGCUGGCGUGCGGACCCGGCCGGGGCUUCGGGAAGAGGCGGCACCCCAAGAAGCUGACCCCCUUAGCCUACAAGCAGUUCAUCCCCAACGUGGCCGAGAAGACCCUGGGAGCCAGCGGACGCUACGAGGGCAAGAUCUCGCGGAACUCGGAGCGGUUUAAGGAGCUCACCCCCAAUUACAACCCCGACAUAAUAUUUAAGGAUGAGGAGAACACCGGAGCCGACCGGCUGAUGACUCAGAGGUGCAAGGACAAGCUGAACGCCCUGGCCAUCUCGGUGAUGAACCAGUGGCCCGGCGUGAAGCUGCGGGUGACCGAGGGCUGGGACGAGGACGGCCACCACUCGGAGGAGUCGCUGCACUACGAGGGCCGCGCCGUGGACAUCACCACGUCCGACCGCGACCGCAGCAAGUACGGCAUGCUGGCGCGCCUGGCGGUGGAGGCCGGCUUCGACUGGGUGUACUACGAGUCCAAGGCCCACAUCCACUGCUCCGUGAAAGCAGAGAACUCAGUGGCGGCCAAGUCGGGCGGCUGCUUCCCGGGCUCGGCCACGGUGCACCUGGAGCAGGGCGGCACCAAGCUGGUGAAGGACCUGCGCCCCGGGGACCGCGUGCUGGCGGCCGACGACCAGGGCCGGCUGCUCUACAGCGACUUCCUCGCUUUCCUGGACCGCGACGCCGGCGCCAAGAAGCUUUUCUACGUGAUCGAGACGCGGGAGCCGCGCGAGCGCCUGCUGCUCACCGCCGCGCACCUGCUCUUCGUGGCGCCGCACAACGACUCGGGCGCGGGGCGGCCGCCGGGGGGCGCGCCGGGGCGCCGGGCGCUCUUCGCCAGCCGCGUGCGGCCCGGACAGCGCGUGUACGUGGUGGCCGAGCGCGGCGGGGACCGCCGGCUGCUGCCGGCCGCCGUGCACAGCGUGACCCUGCGCGAGGAGGCCACGGGCGCGUACGCGCCGCUCACGGCGCAGGGCACCAUCCUCAUCAACCGGGUGCUGGCGUCGUGCUACGCGGUCAUCGAGGAGCACAGCUGGGCGCACCGGGCCUUCGCGCCCUUCCGCCUGGCGCACGCGCUGCUGGCCGCGCUGGCGCCCGCGCGCACGGACCGCGGCGGGGACGGGGGCGGCGGCCGCGCCCCCCAGCCCGCGCCGGGCGCUCCAGGGCCGGCGGACGCGUCGGGCGUCCACUGGUACUCUCAGCUGCUCUACCAAAUAGGCACCUGGCUGUUGGACAGCGAGGCCCUCCACCCGCUGGGCAUGGCGGUCAAGUCCAGCUGAAGGCCGGGGACGGGGCGGGCGGGGAGCGCGGGGUGGGGGGCGGGGGGUGGGCAACAGCAAGAUACAGCAAAAAGACACACGGAAAAAGCGCACGGAAUGAGACGUUAAUUAUAAUAAUAAUUAAUAAUAAUAAUAAUAAUAAUAAAGUAGGACAGCCCAAAGUAGACUAUAAGGAAACCAAGGCCCCGGGGAAGUUCUGGCAUCGCGUUUAGUUCGUUUAUUUUUUAUUACUUUUUAUUUUUUUGGUUAUUCUUUUGACGGUUUUCUUCACCUCUCCUGGCUAUUUAUUUGUUGGGUAUGAAUAGAUGUUUUAAAUACUAUGAACCGGACCUUCAAGAGCCUUAACGAGUUUGUUUCUCGGAUAAUUUAUUAUCGUCGUGUGAACUGCGCUCACAGGGGAGAGAUUAUUUUGUGAGGCCCAGCGACCUGCUCAGAGUCUAUUUUUCUACGUGUUCCGGGCCCUGCCGCCCGGAAAGCCGCGCUCGGC